AUGGCGAACCAUGGUGAUGCUGCUGCUGCGUUUUGUUAUGAUGAUGUUGAUGUUAUGGAUGCAUCAUGCCUUACAUUCCCACCUUCAUCUUUAUCAUCAUCACCACCUUCACCUUUACCAUUACAAUCUUCAUCAUCAUCUUCAUCUUCAUCACCACCUAGACCCUUACCAUUCCAAUACACACCAUUAACACCUCCGACUCACCUUCCUAUUAAUCUACAUUCAUUCUUUCCAUCAGAGAUUAUGAACCAUGAUGGUGCUGCAACUUCAUCUCAUCAUCAUGCUCUUCUUGAAAAUCAAGAGCAUUAUAUAAUGGAUGCAUCAUGGCUUACACUCUCACUUCCGUCUUCAUCACCACCACCAUCACCACCAUCACCACCAUCUUGGUCUUUACCUCCCACGCCCCUCCCUGUUGAUUCGCCGCCAUUCUUUUAUUCCCAACAACAAGACUAUCAUCAUCAAGAAAAAGAACAAGAUGUUUCACUCUCUCCUUCUAAUCUUAUCACUAACCCUAGCAAAAGCAAGAUGAUGGAAGAAUCUUGUAUUCUACCGCCGUCCUCUCCUUCGAUGAAAAAGAAAAACCAUAGAAAGACUGCGGCAGUAAAACCACCAUUCCCAUGGGCAACAUCGAAACGCGCCACCGUGCACACCCUCGACCACUUGUUAUCUCAACUGAACUUGAAAACUAUCACUGGAACUCUUCAGUGCAAAUCCUGUUUAACACAAACUGACAUUCAUUUUGAUUUGCUUGAAAAGUUUGAGAAACUGGCAAGUUACAUCAAGGAGAAAAAGUCUGAGAUGUUUCAACGUGCACCGGAUGCAUGGCUGAAACCCGUGUUGCCAGACUGCAAGAGUUGCGGAAGAAACAACACAAUGCAGCCAUUAAUUGAGAAGAAAAAAGAGAUAAAUUGGGUGUUCUUGGUGUUGGGUGAGAUGAUUGGGUGCUGCAAUGUUAGGCAUUUGAAGUAUUUCUGCAAACAUAAUGAUUUACACAGAACAGGUGCGAGAAAUAGAUUGAUAUAUCUAACUUAUAUCAGUUUAUGCAAACAACUCCAACCACAAGGACCAUUCGAUCCAUAG